UCUUCGUUCCGUCCACAUGCAUUCAUUCUCGUUUCGCUAAAGGAGGUGUAGUUUAUCCGAUUGUUGCUGCUAAAAGGGGUUGGACAAAAAUAUUUUUCACCAUGAACAACUGUAAUAGCUUCGUCAACAUGGCGUCGAUAGGAGAUUUCGACCCGCUCAAUGCUUCCAUCCCCGCCACCAAAGUUGAAAUCACAGUGUCUUGCAGAAAUCUGCUGGACAUGGAUACCUUCUCCAAAUCAGACCCAAUAUGCGUUCUGUACACACAAGGCAUUGGCAAUAAGGAGUGGAGAGAGUUUGGAAGGACAGAGGUGAUUGAAAACACACUCAACCCAGAGUUUGUUCGUAAAUUCAUCUUGGAUUAUUUCUUUGAGGAACGACAGAAUCUGAGAUUUGACCUGUACGAUGUCGACUCAAAGAGCGCCAACCUGUCAAAACAUGACUUCCUUGGCCAGGCGUUCUGUACGUUGGGAGAGGUGGUGGGAUCGCUGGGCAGCCGUAUGGAGAAACCUAUGGUGGGCAUUCCUGGAAAGAAGUGUGGAAACAUCAUUGUUAAGGCAGAAGAGAUGGGAAACUGCAGGGAGUCAGUGAUGAUGCAGUUCUGUGGGAAUAAACUGGACAAGAAAGAUUUCUUCGGCAAGUCAGACCCUUUCCUCGUCUUCUACCGCAGCAAUGAAGACGGCACGUUCACAAUCUGCCAUAAGACAGAGGUGGUGAAGAACACACUUAACCCAGUGUGGCAGGCCUUCAAGAUACCUGUCAGAGCACUCUGCAAUGGAGACUACGACAGAACGAUCAAGAUAGAAUGCUACGACUGGGAAAGAGAUGGAAGAAGCCAUGACUUCAUAGGAGAGUUCAGUACCAGCUACAGAGAGCUAUCCAGAGGCCAGUCCCAGUUCAAUGUGUAUGAGGUUAUAAAUCCGAAGAAGAAAGGAAAAAAGAAAAAAUACCUAAACUCUGGAACGGUAACUCUGCUCUCAUUCCUGGUGGAUAUAGAAGUCACCUUCCUCGACUACAUCAAAGGAGGGACCCAGAUUAAUUUCACAGUGGCAAUUGAUUUCACCGCUUCAAACGGCAACCCAGCCCAGCCCACCUCCCUCCACUACAUGAGUCCUUACCAGAUGAAUGCCUACGCCAUGGCCCUGAAGGCUGUAGGGGAGAUCAUCCAGGACUACGACAGUGAUAAGAUGUUCCCUGCUUUGGGCUUCGGAGCCAAGCUGCCCCCUGACGGACGGGUCUCGCAUGAGUUCGCCCUGAAUGGCAACCCCCAAAACCCAUACUGUGCAGGUAUAGAUGGAGUGAUGGAGGCAUAUUACCAGAGCCUGAAGUCUGUCUGCCUCUACGGCCCAACCAACUUCUCUCCUGUCAUCAACCAUGUGGCCAGGUAUGCUGCUUCAGUGAAUGAUGGCUCUCAGUACUUCGUCCUUCUCAUCAUCACAGAUGGAGUCAUCUCAGACAUGGCCCAGACCAAGGAGUCCAUCGUCAACGCAUCGUGUCUUCCCAUGUCGAUUAUCAUCGUAGGGGUGGGACCAGCAGAAUUUGAUGCGAUGAUCGAGUUGGACGGGGAUGAAGUGAGGAUCUCGUCGAGAGGAAGAUAUGCAGAGAGGGACAUUGUUCAGUUUGUCCCGUUCAGAGACUACAUCGACCGGACAGGGAACCACAUCCUGAGUAUGGCCCGUCUAGCCAAGGAUGUCCUGGCUGAGAUCCCUGACCAGUUCCUCUCCUACAUGAGGACCAGAGGCAUCAAGCCCUUGCCCGCACCCCCUCCCUACACACCCCCAGGGUACCCUGUCCAGAGCCCCGAUGGACACCCAUUAAAUACCCCCCCAGGACACCCCCUGCAGACGCAGAUCUGAAGGGUGCGGAGAUGCCCCCUGGUCCCAAACAACACCUCUUCAAAUAUUUCUUUGUCUCUCUCCAUCACUCACUCAGUGAUAGGAGAGGCCUUCUUGGCUUUCUCGCUCUCUCUCAUUGCACUAAUGGAGACUGACUGACUGGCAGAAUGUUUUUACUGAGCGGUUCUAAAGGGUUCUACUUUGGAACGGGCAGAUGGAGUCAAUACGGGCAUGUUUACUUUCAUUGUCAAGCGUUCCUCUGUCUGGACUUUCUGUAUAUCGGCAAAUAGAGACACUCUCUCUGGGACACAGAUAGACAGAGUCUGGUCUUCCCAGCUCAUCUGGCAUUGAAUAACAGAGUUAAGGAAAGGUUGAAUGAUGGAAGGAAGAAUGAAAGGAGGAUAGGAAUUUCCUGGGGACUGGCCUUUUCAGGAGCAGAGUGGCGAAAAGGUUCUAUAGUCUCUGGAUGUGGAAUCACUUGACUGUUGUACUGGAAAUAUAUUUCCUUCUCUCUCCCUCUAUCUCUGGUCUCUUUCUAUCUCUCUCUGUCUCUCUAUUCUUCCAACUCUCACUCAAUGUUUACAGUACAUGUUAAUGAUAAUGAUUUUUAUCAUUGGACACUUUUAUAUAAUAUUUGUACUUCUUUCAGUAUGAAACUUUGGAAUAUCAAUCGAUAUUCUCUCUCUUUAUCUCGCAGCGUGUUGUCUUUGCCACGGGAGUCAGGUUGAGGUUGCAACAGUGCAGGUCCAAGUAGCCACUGUAUUGUACUGUACUAUACUAUGUGUCCGUUUGCAUGAGUGUAUCGUCAGAGCAUGUAUUGUGGUCCUACACUUCCCUGCCUGUCACUGCUCUCAGGCUUUGGGGUUCCAUGUUUUUAACUUUUAACUCUGUUGUUGAAGCUCAUUCUGCUCCUUUCUAAACUGCCUUGGCGAUAGGGUGCCCGUGCCAGCCACGCUGCGAGUGCCCACGGGUUUUCUCACUGUGUCGAGAACAACAGUGACUCAAACAACAACAUAUUCCCUUCCAAUCCAUUUAAAUAACAACACCUGCUCUCAGAUCCAGUUUUGAGGCAACAGCAGAAGCCCAGCGGUCAAAAACAGUAACGCAAAUGCUUUCCUUCUGUUUGUUUCUUGUUCUUUUGUGUUAUUAUUACAUUUGAGUCAUUUAUCAGACACUCUUAUCCAGAGCGACUUACAGGAGCAAUUAGGGUUAAGUGCCUUGCUCA